AUGGGCAUCUCCCCCCGCGCCCGCUGGGGCCCGGUGAGUCCUGGGUUGGGGGCUCCUUGCCCCGAGGUUGACUCCUCCGGACUUGUGCCCUCGCCGCCUCCGCCGAGAGCGGUGCCCUCGCCGGCUCCGGCCCAGCAAGCUCCCACCUCCGCCCGGGACGCGAGCGCUGUCUCCGUCCCGGGAAGAAGCCUCGCCCCGGGGGGCAAGGCGGGCCGAGGCUCGGCGGGCCUGGCUCCCGGCUUCGGGGACCCCAGGUCAAGGUACUCCCCGCCCCACCGCCCCAAGUCGCCGGCCCCGCGCCGCGCGCAGCGAGUCAUCAGCAGAUCUCGGACGCGGCGGCAGGGCCGACCCCGGUUCCACGGAAGUACGCACUUCCCGCGUCCCGGCGCCUCCGCGGUGAGUCGAGCCGCAGCGCUCCGGGUCAGCGAAGGUGGCUCAGCGCGGGCGCUCCAGUCUCGACGUUCCCGGGGCAGAGAGCAACGUCCGGGGACGCACGGGACGGGUGCGCCCGGCGGCCGGGUCUGCGCCGGGCGAGGCGAGCGGCAAGAGGGGAGCGCUCCGGCGUUCAGGCAACAGCUACCCCUAGUGGGAGAGCCGCCCGGGGCCGCCGCCGCCCCGCGUCCGCCGCCCCGCGCCCCGCGCCCGCCGCAUCCCGCGCCCGGAGCGCUCCCGGCUCAGCUGGGGCGCAGGGACGGUGCUGCCUUCCCCGGCCCUCUGCGUCUCCGGCGCCGGGCGGUAACGGGCCCGCCGGCCCUGCCCUCCGCACCUCCCCGCCGGGCCCCGGAGGCCGCUGACCCGAGAACUGCGGCGCCGAGCCGGGGCGCGAUGGGACGGGGCGGGCGCGGCUGGGGCGGCGCUCGGCGGCCUCGGGCGGCUGCGGGGGGCGCCGAGAGCGGUGUGCGUGGCGGUGCGGUGCGGGGGGCGGCCGUGUGCGAGGCGCGAGUGCGGCGGGGGCCCAAAGUUGCCUCCUCGCGGGCCCGCGUCCCUGGCGGGGCGGGAGCCGGGGCCGGCGAAGCGGCGGCCGCGGACCCGGCCUCCCGCGGCACCUGGGCAGAGGCCCCGCACGAGCAGCAGCGGCGGGGGCGGCGUUGGCGGCGGCGCGCGGGAAGCGAACCGGAGCUCCGGCGUAGCGCGGCGGCCGCCGGGGAGCUCGGCUCAGGUGCGCGGCGAGGGGGGCGCGGGCCGGAGCUGGGCCGCCGGGACCGGGGCGGCGCGGCGCUCGCGCUCGCCGGAGGACCUCCGCCGCGGACCGGGUCCCCGCUUCAGCUGUCUGUCCCGGGCGCCCGCGGAGGUCCGGGUUACCCGCCCCCGCGAGCGGGCUUCGGGGCCCGGCCCCGCCCCCUCCGGCCCCCGGCCGGGCCGCCCCGCCCUCCGGCCGCCGGUGCCAGCCCUCGGCCCGCGAUUUCUAAGGCACUGGCCGCGCCGCCGGGCGAACCCUCCGGGCUCAAGUUGCAAGGGGGCGGACCCGGGCCGGAGGUGGAGUCUCCCGCCAAUUGA